UAAAUUAAAGAGAAAAUGACCAAUCAUUAUACUCUGUAAAGUGACAUGCUCACUGAAUGUUUGUUAUAAUUUAUAUUUACAUUUCAUUUACUUUGUGCAAUUUUGAAAAAAUUUCAUAAACAUUAUUUCUUAUUCAGAUGUUUUAACUUUCAAUAUUUUUCCCUUUCGAUAUUUUCUAUUCGACAUUUUCGCUUUCGAUUUUUUUCCAUUCGAUAUUUUAUUUUCGAUAUUUUUCUUCGAUAUUUUUCCUUUCUUCCUUUUUCCAUCCAUUCCUCUUCAUUGUUACUAUUGUUUAUAGUGCUAGACCAAUAUAAGACUGAGAAUACCAAUGAUAAAUUGUAGGGAAUUAAAGUCAGCGCUUACAGACGACAACAUUCUUCGAUAUUAGCCCAAUUUCGACAUUUUUCCUUUCUAUAUUUUUUCUUUCGACAUUUUUCCCCUCUGUACUUAUUUUUCGACAUUUUUCCUUUCUAUAUUUUUUCUUUCGGCGUUUCUACGGCCAACCCUAUUUUCUUCACUAUGAAAACAUAGAAAACUCUAUGUACAUCCUUUGACUCCUAUCGUAUAACCACUAAACUGUAGUGCAUUCGAAAAGCAAGCUCACGAUUCUAUUUAUAACGAGUUAUAAAUCAAAACAUCCAUAGAUCGCAUAAAAAUUGACUUUUUCGUAAGGAGACCCUUCAUAUAUCUAAUCAAAUACUUUCUGUAUUAUUGUUUUAUAGUACAGCAAUAAAAGAAAAUGCAACUAUUCACUUACAGAUUAGUGUCGAAAUCAAUACAGAAAAGAACACACAUUGAAUGUUACUAAACUAUGAUCAUUGCAACAAAAAGAUAGAUCACCUCUGAUAAUUUCGAAAAUCGACAAUGAUCAGUCUAUUAUUUGAAUGUCAUAUGAAGAGAUAUAGUUAGUUUGCACUCAGUCAAAAAAGAAUCAUAUCAUUGAAAUUCAACAAUCUACACUUUGAGCAUGCAGGUAUUGGAAAUAUCUCAAUACGAUGAUAUUUACUUCGAUAAUCGAAGUUAUGGGCAAUAUUUGACCAUGAUAUAUACCAAUAAUGUGAAUCUUAAAAGUUGAAGUCAACUAUAAAAUUACUCUUUAAGUUUCAAUCGUUUUUACUAUCAUGUCAAUCUCGAUGAGAAAUUGGCUGUCUUGAUCUGAAAGCCAAAACACGAGAUUCAAGCUCGCAAGUUUCAACUUAUGUUAAAGUAAAUUCAUUUUUUUCAGUUUGUCAUAUACGGUAUCUGUCAUUCAAGGAAUAUUCUAGCAUUAUAUGCAAUCAUCGCUAAAAACAAAACACCGUGUAUAGACUUUGAAUAUUUUUUAAUAGAAAUGAAACAGAGAGCUGUGACUUUUAUCAUUAAAAAGAGAUCUCGAGGGAACGUGUCUGAUAAAAUUUUAUUCGACAUCACGGAGCCAAUCAUAUUAAUUCUUGCUGAACAUUUUAAAAACAAUAUUCUGAAUCCAUUUGUCAGUUAACCUUGAUUUUCAAUGUGACUUAUAGGUAGCAAAGAUUGUUAUCUUUUGAUUUAUGAAAGACUGAUUUUGAUAACAUGCUCUAUUUAAGAGUUAUACAAGCGCUCUGAUAAUUAUUGCUUUGAGUUAUUUGACCCGGAGUGAUUCUUCAAACCGUCUGGACACAAGCAGUUCGCCAUGACAAGUCGAAUAACAAUAUUUGUUGUCUGGAUUACAAAUGAUUUGACAAUAACUUCACUCUUGUACCCACAAAUGCUCCUUUUUUUCAUGAUGAAUAAUAAUUGUUCUUGAUAAUCACACGCUAGUAUACUUUUCUUGGGGACUCACUGAGGAGUUCCUAACAAAUUCUACAAAAGUCCCUGUUGGGAUUUCUCGGAAUUUUUCAAGGAAAUUGACCAGAGUUUAACUUCUUUUUUCAGAUUAAUCUAAAUAAAAUAAAAUUUAUUCAAAUUAAUAGAUACUUUGAAUAUUUUAUUGUCAUAAAUCUAAAUAAAACAAUUAAUUGGUUUUUUAAAAAUAAAUACUUACAAUUGAAUCUGUGGUCGGGACAAAUCUGAAUAAACACAGCAUAUUAUUUAAUUUUAUAAAUAGAUACUUACCUUUAAAUCUAUUGUUUCCAUAAAUAUAAAUAAAAACUACAUUCCUGUAUUUCCUCAAAACUGUCCCAGGGAGUUCCAAGAGAGUUUUCUCUUUUUUCCUAUACUCUCUGAAAUUUGGGCACUCUCUCAAGAUUUCUCAAGGAGCCUCCAAUAAUUCUCUGGAAAUUUCAGAUUAUAUAGUAUUGUUUUAUUUUAUGAUGUAUAUUUUGAUUUAUAUGAUCAAGGAAUGUGUUAUAAAAAAGACCAAAGAAAGAAUUGUCGAUGCAAAAAACAAACCGAAAUGAAAACAGAUUUGAAGAAUAAACGAUGAAAACAAAAUAUUAAAAGAAUGAAUAUUAAUACAGUGUAUCAAAUGGAUACAAAUUUUUAUUCAACAAGGAGGAUGUGAGUGCAUGGGACUUUACUGAAGGAAACAUCAAUAUCCACAUCCGCAAAGUGUUAAGGGGUAAACAUGUAAUAAUAUGUUUCAGUACCUAAAAUCAAGUGAAAUAUAUAGAAGAGCAUGAAGACAAUGCAAUGAUAAUUUUUUUUGUUCGAAUAUAUUUUCUCUGUUAUGAGAAUCUUCAUUUCUACAAUGAUGUAUAAGAGAAACGUAUUAGCUAAUUAUCAAUGGAGCUUUAAUAGGCAAUAUGAAAACAAAGCACAUCAAUAUUGCUUGACAACGUCUUGAAAUUUUCCAUAUUUUUUCCUUAGUCCAAAGCUGCUUCGACAUUUCUUUUGCAACAUUUUUUUGUUUCGGCCUUUAAUGCAUCUAAUCGACCAGGGGAACGUAUUUUAUCAUUAAAAGUCAUAAACAUAAAAAAAAAGAAUUAUAUUUUCUUCUUCUACGAUGUUUUGUACUUAUAAAAUCGCAGGUAUUUUUUUGUACUGAGUUUUUAUUUUAUGAGAACGAUUAUGACAGACGGAAGGUUUGUAAAUGUUUAAUGUUUUUCGUAAUUGACGUUUUGUUACAAAAACAACCGUAAAUAAAUAUUCUCACCGUAUCCUCCGCUUUUCUCUUCAUAGUUCUAUUUUGCUUGAAUUACCCUGAAAAUGUUCUUAAUUAAGGUGCUUUCUUUUCCUAUGGUCGAAAAAAGCGUAAUUAUGAUUUUUCCAAGUGCAAAAUCAUUAUCCGAAUGCGUGAAUGCUCUAUUUUCGUCAAUAGAAAAUUUCUGUCAAAAUAACUAAUUAUUUAUAUGAUUUAAUACGAAUUGUUCUUUUAUUUGUUGUUUAACUAAAAUAUAGAAGGAUAACAUUUGUAUUAGCUGGUUUUCUGGGUAUAUUUCUUAUAUUAACCAUUGUAUUUGCCGCUUUAUAUGGAGUUCAAAGGAAUAAAAACUCGACUACAAUAGACACAACAACAGCCACGGAUUUAUGUGUAACUUCAUAUUGUAUUAAAGCGGCGAAUUAUUUACUUGAAAGUAUUGAUAAAACUGUUAAUCCAUGUGACAAUUUCUUUGAAUUUGCUUGUGGAACAUGGUUAAAGAAGAAUCGAAUACCGGAUGAUGCUGAAUCUCAUGAUACUAUUAACAUUCUGCAAAAUCAAUUAGAUAGUGAUAUUGUUGAUAUGUUAACUGCACCAAUUCUCGAUGACUUCAAAAGUCUUCAAUCUAUAAUGAAUGCUCGUCGUUUGUAUGACACAUGCAUAAAUGAAACAGCUAUAGACUUAGAGGCUAUUAAUGUAAUAUUGUCUUUCGUCCAUAAUGAGCUUGGUGGAUGGCCUAUUUUACAAGGUUCACCAUGGAAUGAAACAUCGUAUAAUCUUACACGUUUAUUCAUUAAACUACGUGAAUAUAAUCAAAAUAUGAUAUUUGGUUUUAGUACAUCAGCUGAUGAUAUAAAUUCUUCAGUUAACUUUAUUCGAGUUUACCAAAGUGAUAUUGUACUUGCACAGCGAUCAAAUUAUCUUAACGAAACAAAAGUUACUAAGACUUACCGGCAGUUUAUUCAUGAUGUAGCUUCAGUGCUAACCAAUAAUAUGGUAAUAAAUGUCAGUGAAGUUGACGAUAUUUAUAAUUUUGAAAAACGUAUUGCAACAUUUCAUUGGACACCUGCCGAACAACGUGCUAGACAAAAUGAAAGAUUUGGAUUUACAAAUUAUCUUCGACAUAUAUAUUUUUUAUCAAAUGUUCCUUUAAAUGAUAAUGAUGUUGUAUCAGUUAGUGAAUUAGAGUUUUUACGCAAUGCAUCAUCGAUCAUUGAUUCAACUUCACCACGUGUACUACAAAAUUAUAUUGUAUGGCGUUUUAUAAUGAGCAGAAUAUCAAAUAUGCCUAAACGUUAUCGGGCUCUAAGAGAUUCAUUUGAUGAAGCUUUUCGAGGUACUGUUGCUCAACGUCCACGUUCAAUAACAUGUGGAAAUUAUAUUAAUAAUAAUAUGGGUUUUGCUCUUUCAAAAAUUUAUAUUAAACAAUAUUUUGAUGAAAAUGCGAGAAAUCAGUCAUUAGAAAUGAUCAAUAAUAUUCGAACUGCAUUUCUUGAUAUGCUCAAAAAUUCGAGUUGGAUGGAUGAAACUUCAAAAAAUAAAUCAAUAGAAAAAGCGUUAGUAAUCGAUGAAAAAAUUGGUUAUCCAGAUUUUUUAGGCAAUAAUGAUACGACAGAGCUCGAAAAAAUGUAUCAAGAUUAUGCUUUCAAUGAUUCAUAUAUAUAUAAUGUUUUAAAAUUAUUAAAAAUAAAAUCCAAUGAAAAUCAUCGAAUGCUUCGCGAACCUGUUGAUCGUAAAGCAUGGGGUGCUAGUCCACCGACUAUAGUCAACGCUUUUUAUAGUCCACCAAGAAACCAAAUCAUCUUUCCAGCUGGCAUUCUUCAGAUGCCAUUUUUUAAUAAAGAUGCACCGAAAAUAUCAAAUAAAAUUCAAGCCAUUGGAAUGGUCAUCGCUCAUGAAAUUACUCAUGGUUUUGAUGAUAGUGGUCGUCAGUAUGAUAAAGAUGGAAAUCGUAUUUCAUGGUGGUCUCCUGAUACUAUCGAAAGUUUUAAUGCGCACAAACAGUGUAUAAUCGAUCAAUAUAGUAAAUAUGUUAUAACUCAAAUCAACAUGACAUUAAAUGGAUUGCAAACACAAGGCGAAAAUAUAGCUGAUAAUGGUGGGAUAAAAGAAUCAUAUUAUGUAGGUUUUAUUUGA